AUGGAGAAAAUGCAAACGGGUAAGGACAAGCCAAGGUCAGGAAUUCCUUGCAAAACAGAAAAGGGAAAGGCAAAGAAAGGGAAGACUAGUAAAGUGAUCAAGGACAAGAACACCAAGGCCAAGGGCAAGAAAGUGGAACCUGGAAUGUCCAGCUUAAACACUGUGGUGAAGCUACUGCAGACUAUUCCUAACGGGGAAUUUACAGCACGUCAAAUACAAGAGAUCAAGAAAACACCCUUUGCGGAUCUUGUGUUUGGGAUUGUCGAAGCGAAGCUGGAUGAGGCAUAUGUAAGGAAGAGCGAUACUGGCGUUUUGAAGUUGGUAAAACAAUAUGAAGGGAUAGGUGAAAGUUUCAAAUUGGGGGGCGACUCUAUCAAGGUAACAAAGAAAGUGAUUACAAUUAUAUUUGGGAUACAGUCUGGUCCUACGAGGAUUGUUAUAAAUCCAACUCCAAGGGUCCCAAAAUCAGAUUUUGCAGAUCGACUUUGCCCUGGUCCGAAAGGGCAAAGGAUAUUGACCAUUCCGAUACUGAGGGACUUCUUUGCCAAGGCUGUUAAAGGUACCACUUUGAAGGAUGCGAAGGACUUGGUGCGUGUCCUCUGCCUUUUGUUAAUAGAGACGCUGUUUUUCCCAAACACACAAACCAGAGUGAGUUGGGCUUACUUGGAUUUCAUUGAACCUUUGGAAAACAACACAUUGUACAAUUGGUCAAGCUUCAUAACUGAAGAGGUCAUCCAUGAACUAAAUCUAAGGGGAUCUUCGAAUCCAACAAAAGUGGGAGGAUGUGUAAUGGGACUCAUGUAUUGGCUUUGUGAGCAUGUGCGUUUAAUUAAUCAAGGAGAUCCACACAACAUUCCAAGGUUCAUCAAGUGGAGGCUUGGUGACUUAAGCAAGGAAUUGUGUACAAUCAACUUGGACUCUCUCAAUCCUCUUUUGGUAAACAUGAUAUAGGGUUAUAUGUAUUUCCCGUAGAAGUUGUAUAUCAUUAUGAAACAUUGUAGUGCUACAUUGUAAACACAUGAAUGUUUACUGUGUAUUUUUCAAGGUAAUCUCCUCGGAGUUGGAGCCAAACGAUAAUGAGGAAGAGUUGUUCAGGUUUCCCGCGGACCCCAAACACAAUAUUGAUGAGAAGACUCAACAGUUGAAGACAGCAGUUGAGAAGUCGGGCAAUGAGGUCGUGGAGGAUACAACUGAUGACGAGAUGGAUAGUGAGUAGGAUGAUAUCGAACAAGGCAGCGAAGUGGUAACCCUCCGAGUUAGAAUCAGAAAGUUAACCAAAGACAAUGCAGAAAAGGACCGGACAAUUUAUGAGCUUCGAAAAGAAAACAUGGAGAAAAAUGCUACGAUUUUGGAUCUUAGGAAGAGGAUUAUAGAGCUUCAACAAACCAUAACACCUGAUUUGGGAU